UUACCGGGGGGGACCUGGGAGAUGCCCAGUACGACAUCGAAGCAAAUCGACGUACCUGAGAUCACGGCCGGGUUCGAUACGCUAAAGUCCCUCGCAGACAACCCCGUCGAGCAGUCUCGACAAUCGAUGGUACUGGGGCUUGUCGCACACUCCAACGGCCCCUCCCUGCCCAUGUACGACUCAAUGCUCACCGUCCCCACCGCGGUUGUCCCUGUGGAGCGGCUGCACUUCGAUGCCCAGGGGUCCUGCCAGCUGUGCCAAGGGUCCUGCCAGCUGUGCCAAGUGUCCUGCCUCGAGAUGCUGUCAACUCAAGGUCGGCGGCUGGUCUCGGCGGUCGUGGCUCAGAACCCUUCUCUGCUAUACCCAGCUGGCACGGAGCGUCUCAAAGAUAUCGUGACCAACUACUCGUCUCUCACUGGGAGCGACAAGUGGACACUGCAGUCCAUCAUGCUGCUCGUCUUCCGACCGAUUCUUGCAAAUGUCGGAGCCAUGGUGAGGUUUUUCACAUUAGCGCCCGGAGGGGGGAGGAGACCUCUGCUUUGUGUUGAUCGUAUCGCAUGAAUAGGAGAGUACGUAUACGACAUGAUAGUUGCCGAUGGUCCGUCUUACGAAAAAGAUACAGAUAAAUGAACAUGGCUGGGCUGGACGAAAUAGGAGCAAGGUACAGAGACAUGUUUGAGGCAUGGAAUUUAGCACGAGAGACGGUAGCUAUGCUGGGGCACAGGAAUGGGGCUGGCAAGGCGGGAAGUGCUCUUGAUGGGAUAGGAAAACCACAUUCGGCAAGUAAGC